AUGGCGGCUUUGUCGCUUGCUCUUCGAGUUCAGCUUCGAAAGGCAGCGACACAGGGUAGAAGUCCAGCACUUCAAUGCCCGUCCCGGCUCGCGCGGCCAUGGCUUCCCCGCCAGCCGUCGAGGUCUGCGAUGACCUCUGGAUCGUUGAGAAUUGGAAGUCGUACUUACUACACCAGCUCUCCCAAGGAUGAGACGAAUACGACACCCUCCGUGGCAGUUUCUCAUUCUGCCUAUGCUCCCCUAGAUACUUUCCCGCGCCGGCACAUAGGUCCUACACCUGAUUCGACCGAGCAGAUGCUGAAGGCUUUGGAUCCCCCGGUGAAGAGCCUGGACGAAUUUGUCAAGCAGGUUCUGCCUAGCAGCAUUUUGUCUUCCGCAGAUCUCAGUAUCCAAGCCGCGACAACCGGCGGACAGGAAGGUUUCACCGAGUCGGAAUUGCUGGCACGGCUUCGAUCAAUUGCCUCAAACAACAAAAUUAUGCGGAGUUAUAUUGGCUGUGGAUACGCGGGCACACGAGUACCAGAAGUUAUAAAGAGAAAUGUGCUGGAAAGUCCGGGGUGGUAUACCAGUUACACCCCCUAUCAGCCAGAGAUCAGCCAGGGCCGGUUGGAAUCGUUGUUGAAUUUCCAGACACUUGUCUGCGAUCUUACCGCCCUGCCAAUUGCUAAUGCUUCAUUGCUGGACGAGGGAACUGCUGCUGCUGAGGCGAUGACUCUGUCCCUAGCUGCACUUCCAGCGUCCAGGCAAAAGAGCGAGAACAAGACAUUUUUCGUCAGUCAUUUGGUUCAUCCUCAAACUAAGGCUGUACUACAAAGCCGAGCAGAUGGAUUUGGUAUCAAAAUUGAAAUAGGAGAUGUCCUUGCAGAUGGAGGCAGGCGUGUGAAGGAGCUUGGGAACGAUCUCCUUGGAGUCCUUGUUCAAUAUCCAGAUACUGAGGGAGGAGUUGAGGAUUUCAGAGGUCUGGCUGAUAUUAUCCACGAGCAAGGUGCAACAUUCAGCGUUGCUACUGAUCUUUUAGCUCUAACCGUCCUAACCCCACCCGGCGAGUUUGGUGCCGAUAUUGCCUUUGGAAAUUCUCAGCGGUUUGGUGUGCCCUUCGGAUAUGGAGGCCCUCAUGCUGCAUUCUUCGCCGUGAGCGAAAAACACAAGAGGAAAAUACCGGGACGUCUUAUUGGAGUGUCGAAAGACAGAUUGGGAGAUGAUGCAAUGAGGUUGGCCCUUCAAACUCGAGAGCAACAUAUCCGAAGAGAAAAGGCUACUAGCAACGUUUGUACUGCACAGGCAUUGCUUGCAAAUAUGAGCGCUUUCUAUGCUGUUUACCAUGGCCCUCAAGGGCUUAAGAGUAUUGCAGAGAGAGCCAUUCUUGGGGCACGAAUCGUCGAGGAACGUGUGAGGGGAUACGGAUAUGAUACUGGCUCCAGAGGGAAAGGAGAAGAUGGAAGAGUGCUUUUCGAUACUGUGGUUGUUAAUGUCGGCGAAAAAUUGGCGGGUGCCAUCAUGGAGUUUUCGGCAGUGAAGUACGGUAUCAACUUGCGGCUGCUUGAUAACUCUCGGGUGGCGAUCACCAUUGACGAGACGGUCGAUGCCCAAGACCUCGAAGAUAUCAUAACGAUUUUCAGGCACUUUGCCCCCAGUGAGAUGAACCAUGAGGGUAUCGCUAUCGAUCAAAUCAUUGAGUCUCUGCCUGGAAAGGGGGAAAUUACAAUCCCGGGCCCAUUCAAAAGAACCUCCAAAUAUCUCACUCAUCCUGUUUUCAACUCCCAUCACUCAGAGACCGAGCUUCUCCGCUAUAUCCAUCAUCUACAAUCCAAAGAUCUGUCGCUCACACACUCUAUGAUCCCCCUAGGAUCAUGCACCAUGAAACUUAACGCUACGACAGAGAUGGCGCCUAUUACCUGGCCAGAAUUCUCAUCUAUUCAUCCUUUCGCUCCUGCUGACCAAGCCAAGGGCUACAAGAUUAUGAUCGAUGAGUUGGAGGCUGAUCUGGCUACGAUUACUGGGUUUGAUGCUGUAUCCGUCCAGCCGAACUCUGGAGCGCAAGGCGAGUUUGCGGGGCUCCGCGUCAUUCGGAAGUAUCUGGACCAGCAGCCGGGGAAGAGACGAGACAUCUGUUUGAUUCCAGUUUCUGCUCAUGGAACAAACCCAGCUUCAGCGGCCAUGGCUGGUAUGCGGGUGGUGACUGUCAAAUGCGAUACAAAAUCUGGAAAUCUUGAUAUGGAGGAUCUAACCGCCAAGUGUAAGAAGUAUAGCGAGGAGUUGGGUGCGAUAAUGAUCACAUAUCCUAGCACCUUCGGCGUCUUCGAACCUGAGGUCAAGGCUGUAUGCGAUGUAGUCCAUCAACACGGCGGCCAGGUUUAUAUGGAUGGUGCCAAUAUGAACGCACAGAUUGGUUUAUGUUCACCUGGUGAAAUUGGCGCUGAUGUGUGCCAUUUGAAUCUCCACAAGACGUUUUGUAUUCCGCAUGGCGGUGGAGGACCAGGAGUUGGCCCAAUCGGUGUUAAGUCACACCUGGCACCAUUCCUUCCAGGCCAUCCUCUUAUCGCGACUGGGGGCGACAAGGCCAUCCCGCCUGUGAGUGCCGCUCCCUGGGGAAGUGCAAACAUCCUGCCUAUCAGCUGGGCUUACAUCAAGAUGAUGGGUGGACGAGGAUUAACUCAUGCCACCAAAAUCACCCUCCUGAACGCAAACUACAUCAUGUCCCGCCUCCGUCCAUACUACCCAAUCCUAUACACCAACGACAACUCCCGCUGUGCCCAUGAGUUCAUCCUCGAUGUCCGAGGUUUCAAAGCGACCUCAGGGAUUGAAGCCAUCGAUAUAGCGAAGCGUCUUCAAGACUACGGUUUCCACGCCCCAACUAUGAGCUGGCCUGUGGCCAACACGCUCAUGAUUGAGCCUACCGAAUCCGAGAGCAAAGAGGAAUUAGAUCGCUUCAUAAACUCCCUGAUCUCGAUUCGAAAAGAGAUACAAGCCGUGGAAGACGGCACUGCUCCGAGGGAUGGUAAUGUUCUGACGAUGGCGCCCCAUUCCCAGAAGGAUCUCUUGAUUGGCGAAUGGAAUCGCACAUACACCAGGGAACAAGCUGCGUAUCCAUUGCCAUGGCUGAAGGAGAAGAAAUUCUGGCCUAGCGUUACAAGGCUGGAUGAUACAUACGGCGACUUGAAUCUCUUCUGCACCUGUAGCCCGGUAGACAGCAUUGAGGAUGGCGUUCAUGGCAUUUAA